UCGAGAGCUUUACUUCUCUUUUUUAUUAAUUUUGUGCUUUUUUUAUUAUUAGUACAUGGAGAUUAGUGAUUGUCAGACAUUACUCUGGACUGCUGCAUUCUGUCGAUUGUUAUUGUAUAAAAGUUCGUGGCACUUUUUAAGAUAACGUUGAUUUUGGUGCAAAAUUUGUGAAUUUUAAAAAUGGCACUGGAAUUUUUCGCUGGGAGUCUUGGAGGAUGCGCUGGUGUGCUAAUUGGACAUCCAUUCGAUACGAUAAAAGUACAAAUACAGAAUUCUACGUCAAAAUAUUCAAACGCACGUGAUUGUAUACGCAAGUUGUAUAAACACGAAGGCAUCCAUGUUUUUUUCCGUGGAAUGACAAGUCCGUUAGCUGCAGUUGCAGGAAUCAACGCAAUCGUUUUCAGUAUCUACGGACAAACACAGAAAUGUUUCGAUGAUCCAAACGCAUAUAAAACACAUUUUUUAUCCGGUGCUUGUGCUGGUUUCUUUCAAAGUGUGAUUGCAUCACCGAUGGAAUUAGCAAAGGUGCGAGUGCAAAUUCACAACACAGUUGGUCCCUUGGAAUGUAUACGUCACAUUUAUCAUUCUGAAGGAGUGAAAGGAGUUUUCCGUGGGUUGACAAUGACAGUACUACGAGAUGUGCCAAGUUUCGCGCUGUAUUUCCUAACCUAUGAAUACCUAGCGCGUGAACAAGAUGGCCGCCAUGCAGGUACGUCGCAGUUGUUAAUGGCGGGUGGAUUAGCUGGUGUUGUCAGCUGGACGUUAACCUAUCCAUUGGAUAUGAUCAAAACACGCAUGCAGUGUGAUGGAAUCAACGGAGUUAGUCGAUAUUCAAAUGCGUGGGAUUGUUACAAGAAGAGUAUUGCGCAAAAUGGACAUCGAGUAUUGUUUCGUGGUUUAACGCCUACUUUAGUCAGAGCUUUUCCGGUGAAUGCGGUUGUUUUCACUGUUGUCACGUGGACUUUACGAGUUUUAGAGAAUGGUUUUAAGUUUGAUUUUAUUGUUAUGCCUCAACUGGCUGUAGCGUAA